AUGUCGUCCUUUCGCAGAACGCCAACAAAGCUCCCCAAAGACCCUAAGCGUAGUUUCAGGAUACGCUCACGCAACAUGCUGAAGAAGUCCAUGGAACUCACGGACAUCAACGCACGCAUUGCCAUCUACAUGGAAAGAGGAAACGAUAAAGUGGUGUUUCGCACCCACCCCGAUCUCAUUCCGGAGUGGAGCGCAGCGGACGCGAAUCAAAUGACCCCUGCGGACGUCCCCAUCGAGCUGGACUACGACGAGUUCCGCUACUCGUCCAGCCCGCGGUCGUCCCCGGUGCCCGACGGCACCCCGACAAUCAGCUCUGCAGUUCUUGAUCCAACUGUCGCGCCCCAGGGCAUCCCAGAAUUUGUGCCACCGGCGCUUGAAACCUUCUUCAUUGACGGUUUGCAACAGUUGCAACUCGCGACCAUCGGUGAGAUGGAUCCUUACCCUUUCAGCGUCGCGAUGAGUCCCAGCGUGGCCCUGGAACCGAUUGCACAGCUGGGCGAGAAGCGAAAACGUCCAGUGUCCGCACCAGCCACCAAAUCAGCAGCCCCCAAGCAACGGCGGAGAGCCAAGACAACAUCCUGGUUUGACUAG